AAUAAAUGUUCACGAUGAACGAGUUUGGGAUCGGAUCAGGGACAAGUUUAGAUCUAGUCUUAAAACCGGUUCAGAUAAUCAAUCGCAAGAUUGCAUUCUCGCUCUAAAACACACCAAUCGGAAGAUUAAUAAUCAUAAAUACUAG